AAUGCCGGCAUUCAGAGCCUUUGCGAGCUUGUUGCCACAUGGCUCGGCAUCUCGGUCCCCGUGUCGGUCGAGCUGUACAAGAUGCUGAUCUAUGAGACGGGCGCCAUGUUCAAACCACACACUGGCACCGAGAAGAUCCCCGGCAUAUUUGGCACCCUCGUCGUCUGCCUCCCCUCUCCUCACCAAGGCGGCGACCUAGUGCUCAGGCAUCCGGGCCAGACUAAGGUCAUUGAAACGUCCGAGGUCCAACCGUCUAUUGCUUGCUGGUACUCGGACGUGUCGCACGAGGUCUUACCCGUCACUUCUCUCCGGACGCUCAAGCACACCGACUUCGCUCACGUGCAGUGCUUGGAAGCCACCUCUGCCGAGCUCGAAUUCGACGUCUUUCUUGCCGUCCUAGAAAAGGAAGAAAGCGGCGACUGCGGCGGUCCGAUCAGCUGGGGCUCUACGGAUGGCAGAGCGAAGAGUACUAUGACCGGAUCAGUAGGAUCGAGACUGGCGAGCUUGACGAAGACGAAGAUGACGGGGACAGCCAGGAGGGAUGGCACGGCCUUGAAGAGGUGUUUGAUCUAAACAUCUCGAUCAAAAAAUUUGUUAAUUUGGUUGGGCGGGCAAUCCGUACCGACAUGCCAAUUGACGAGGACGACUUUCACAGCGGAAUCAUCACCGAAGACCGCAUGGACGACCGCUUCGCCGACAUAGAGCGAUGGGAGAGUGAAUAUAAUGGAUACAUGGGAGAGUGAAUACAAUGGAUACAUGGGAAACUCGA